UUUUCAUCAUGAAUGACGGAUAUAAGCAAAACGAUAUAGUAAAUCAUGAAGCUUAUGAAGAACUUGAAGUCGCAGAAGAGCAAAUAAUUUACUGUCAGGAGGAGUACAACGAUGGUCCGGGUACUAUGGUUCAAGUUCAAGAACAGACAGAUGUGCCAUGUUAUGUUAUGGAAGGAACUUAUUUUACACCUGAAAAUAUAUAUGCUGCUAAUCAAGACCAUUCGGUGUGUCAUUUCUGUAAAGAAGAUCUCACAAAUAAACGAUUUUACAAUCAUUUAUUUGAUCAUCAUGGCUUCACGAAGCAGCAAUGUGAAAUGAUGAAACAGCAAAAACGACUCGGGAGACCAAAUCCGAAGCGAAAAUCGUUGCAUUCUUGUGAAAAUUGUGGAAUGGAGUUUAUCACAAAGACAGGAUUAACGAGCCAUUUAAAAAAAGAUAAUAGCCCGUGUGCGCGUGUUGACGAAAUGGCUGUUGGAGGAUCGUCUGUGAGCAAUAUCGUUUGUCCAAGUUAUGGAUGUGAUAAAAAUGUUCCUACAUAUUUGGAUCUGGCGAUUCACGUCGACACCGAACAUCGAGAUCUUUCGAGGGCAACUGAUUCAUUCCGAAUUCGAAGAGUGACUUUCCAAGAUAAAGCUGGAUUUAUGAAGUGGAAAAAGCAAAUGGAAAAAUCGACGAAUUCGGAGUUUUUCCUUAGGACUUCGCAAAAAGUAUCAUUUGCUAUUCGGACAAUGCUCUAUAAAUGCCUGUUUUCAAAUUCUCGAGGGCAAUCGAAAGGCAGAAGAUGUGAGCAGUGUCCUGCAUUUAUUAAAUGUUGUAUGAGAAAUCAUGGGCAAUACGAAGUUGUCGCCUGUUUCGGGCAUCUUGGACAUGAACACCCAACUGAAACCGAGAUUGCUAGACAGAUGAGAAUCGAGAAAUAUCGAGAGAUUGACGCACUUCAAGUACGAGAAUCUCGAAUGCAUAAUCAACAUCACAUGAAUGUUCGCCCAAAGCAAAUAAUUGUUGAUCAAUACGGACACCCUACUCACCCAAACGAUGAAAUGAUGAUUCUGAUGCCGGUAGGAGAAGAAGUCGUUGAAGAAGAUGCAUUCACAAGCGUCGUAGUAGAUGACGCUGAUGAUGAGAUAGUAGGGCCACGUGCUCAACAGGAAACACCAGCUUUAACAAGACAAGUCUAUAUUCCAACUUCAAAUCAUCACGCGAGCUCUUCUCAUUACUAGACAAUGAUACCUGUUAUAGUUUCUUUUUGAUUGUAAAAAACAGUUAAUUAUAUCAAGAAUUUCUCCAUUUCCUAAACAAAUUUCAUACUUAAAUUGUCGAUUGUGAUUAAAGGUUCAGGUUCUCACGAAUAGGAAAUUCCUCCAUUUUUCUGUUCUCUACACUCCUUUAUAUCGUCGUUUUUUUCUAUUCAUCGGGUCCAAUGUAGGUUUUCAAUCUCCGUCUGCCCACCAGAUGUUCAAAAUGUGUUUCUGCUUCCUGAGAUUCUUCACAUUUAUUCUGUUGUAAUUGUUCUGUUUCAAAUAUUUUUUUUUUUGAAAUCUACAGGUUUUAAUUUUUAAAUGUUGAUUUAAUUUUUAUCUAAGAGUUACAACAAAAAUAUUAACUCGAAUGAAAUUUUUUA